AUGCAAAGCCGCAAUCAGCCUUAUACCCCGGAUGAACCCCCUGGUUAGGAAUUUCCUUUAGCACAGAUAGUCACAAUUCAUAGCGAUUCACUGUUUUUCCAUUAUGAGUUCAGCCGUGCUUCAUCCGGAGGUCGAGAGCGAGGAUGCAGAAGAUGGAAGAUGUGCGGAGAGUGCCGUUUCUUCGCCGAUCGCCGUCGUCGGCACUAGUUCGCCUGUCCGAAGCUUUUUCAGCUUCUCUCGUCUUUUCGGAUCAAACAACAAGGAGAAAGUGACUAUUUUUCCAUUUUCUGCUUUCAGAACUUUCGUUCGCGACCUUUCAAUGAAAAAAAGUACUGAAAUAAGUGGAAAAAUUGAAAAAAAAUUUUAUUUUUUGUCAACUAUCGAAUUAAUUUUUUUUUUCUAUGGUCAACAGUAUCAGCAAACCAAGAAUAAUUGUUAAUUUUCAAUGUAACUUUUCCUAAAAUCAAGAGAGAAAAACGGUUAAGCGCAGACACCCAUUUUUAAAUAAAUUGUCGGCUAUUUUAACACAGGGGUUCAUUUGAGCGUAAAUCUUAGAAUUUUCAACUAGUAUGGUUAAGCAUUUUUCUAUAAAUUGGGAAACGAACUCGCAUAGACUCUAUCUGUGUAAUAUUUCAGUUUCGGCUUCAUUUUUGAAAUGUCUUUAAUAGAAAAAGUUUUUUCGAGCCAGCGACCAAUGCGUGGAAGUUGGGAGAGUGGCAGAGUGGCUCUCACGAUAGUCUAUACAGCCUAUGGUGAUGGUUCGCAUCCUCUACUUUUUUUGUGCCAAGUAUCGGAGUAGUUAUGAUGAAAAUAUGAAAAUUUUAUGACUGAAAACGUUUCAAACAAAUUUUGUUUUUCGUAACUUUUACACACAAAAAGUGGUAAUUUCGAUGGAACAAAAAUGGCUGUCGAAGUUCUUUGGAGCGUUUUCAGUCAUGAAGCUCUCAUGCUUUUCAAGAAAGGAUUGGCAAAAAAAAAAACGACAGAAGGAUUUGAACCUUCAACAUAGGCUCCGUAGACUGCCGCGUACCCACUGCACCACCCUUCCAAUUGCCGAGCAAUCUUUCUCUCGGUACAGUCAGAUUCCUUGAAGACUAGGUUGUGGGUAUAAAGAUAAAAAGUUUUAGGAAAUCGUGCAUUUAAAACUAGGAGUUUUUGCAAAUAGCGACUAAACUGGAUCGAUUAACGGUCCAUCUUGUAGACAUUUGUGAAACCUACACGGAAAAUGACUCCCCAUGAAAUGAAACUUUCUCUGACCGAUAGACAAAUUUCUCAGGAGCAGUUCAAAGACUUCAUGACAACGGAAGGGAGCAUCACCGCGUCGGCUUGGACGAGCAUGGGCCCCGGUAGUGCUGCAUCUCUACGAGUUCAAACUCUCAAACAGUUGCAGCAGGUUUUUUAGUAGAUUGUCUUUUACGGUCGGUGUUACUAUAGUGUCUGUUCGAAAUUCCUUUAAGGAUUGCUCAAAAAGAGCAUGAAAGUUCCUCGAAGCAAUUUAUCGUUUGAGUAUUGUUUCGCAUUUUUUAUCCUCAUCUUUUUUGUGCUUUUUAUAUCCUCAAACCACCACAAAUUGGAAAAUACUAUGUUGAAACCUGAAAAACCUUAUCCACACAAAAAAUCUGAUCAGAGUUUUUUCGGUAGCACGAAGACUUUAUCGUUUAAAUUUUGGACUUUGAUUCACUUGAAUGUUCUCAUUUCAUGUGUCUUCUUUUGGCAAUUUACUUACCGGGGAACGUUUUUCACCCUCCGGUUGAACUUUUGCUGAAACUUUGCUGAAGUUUACUCUAGGACCUCCUGAUUGUAGAGAAAGAAAAAUAUUUUUCGCAAUAGAUCUUGUUUCCGAGUUAUGGAGAUUCAAAGUGUGCAAAAUACGCAAAUUAGGCCAAAAAAGCGCUAUUUCGGGCUUUUGAAGUGUCCUAACUCGAAAACGAGAUCUAUUACGAGAAAUUUUCUUUCUGUUCUGGAAUGAGGGGAUCCUAAAGCACACUUCAGCAAAGUUUCAGCAAAAGUUUAACCGGGGGUAAAAAACGUCCCCUAGUUAAAAUUAUAAAGAUUAGUAUUAGUAAACAGGAUUCUUCUCAGAUCCUAAGGUUCUUGUUUGUGUUGGGCAAAGGAUUUGCAGAAUACCAAGUUCUUUUUUGAUUCUUCUGUGUCUACAUUAAGCCAGAAAGAAGAGAAACACCGAAAAAACCAACAAAACAUUAGGGUAUUUAAUCGCAUCACGGUCCGAAAUUUAAAACGAUUAGUUCGCAAUCGGCAACUUCGUACCACCUUUUUCGAAAAUUCGCCUUACAAUCUUUUUGGAGUUUGAGGUUUUUUUUUUUGAAGCAGAAAGUUUAUAUUUACAAGUCUCACUUUUUUAGAGCCACAGAAAGUUUAAAAAUUUUACUGGAGAUGUGGAAAUUCAGAAUAAAAUCUGGAUUUUUACAGAUUUUUUUAUUUAUAUGAAAUUUGUGUGGAUAAGCCCGUUGGUUACCGCUUCUGCAUAUAACACGCAUGUAUGAAAGCUUACGAAUCGUAAAAUCGUGAACAGAAAUCUUCCGAAAAGCUCAAGUAUGGUAUUGCAGUCACAAAUGUUAUUCGCACCAUCUGUUUCCGCUUAAACCGAACAUGUUCAUUGGGGGUCUGCAAGAAUAUCGAAAAAAUCAAUUCGAAAAGGCCGUUUAGACGCGUUUCUUUGAGAGUAUUUUUUACGCAAGAAAAAAGAACAUGUGUUCGAAGGGUUUCGGUUCGAACUUAUCUUGAAAGAUGUUCCAUUGCAAACCCCAUUGGACAAUUUCCUUCAUGUUCAUGUAUUCCGCUUAGCACUUUUCAGUCCAAAGGCUUUAAUUUGUUUGAACGAAUCCGCGCCGUUCGACGUCCACGACUUUUCAAAGAAUGUUCACGCACCCGCAUGGUUUGUGUUGUUUUGUGGGUUUCAUCCUUUUUUCAAACAUAAAUCAAAUUGAGGUAUUAUAUAUUGAAAAAAAGUUUAUUUAGAAGAUUAAUAGAAUAAUAACCAUUUCAAAUUUUCUUGGGUUAAAGCGUCAAUACAGCUCUUCACAUAAGUAUAAAUCCACCUAUCAAUCUUUCAAAAACUCGUUUUCAAGUUUUUUCAAAAAGUCGUACAUAUAAACUUUUUUACGAUAACUGUAAUAUGAUUAUGAAGUUUAAGAUGUUAAAUUAAUGACUAAGAUCUCCCACUCAAUGUUCAUAGUUACUAACAUGGAGACUUUUAUAUGCUGAAAGUAGGAUAAGUCUGUCCUCCGAAAACUUUUCAAUAGAAAAGAGACCCUUUCGUAGCUUUUUUUGGUGUCCCGGCCACAACCUUCAAAGGGUUUCUUCAGUUUUUUUUUACUAAUGUUUAGAACAACAUCUUAAUAUCGGAAAAAGAUUCUCGAUACUUUUACUUUUAACAACUUGACUAGUUGAAAUGAAAACUUUGCGUAUUUAGGAAAAAAGUCUUUCAAUUGUUUGACUUCCAAUUAGCAACUUCCUACGAAAAAAAAGUCUCUUUGGAAGAACUAUAAAACAAUCAAAUUUCAGAGUUUCCUGUUCUUUCGUAACUCUUGCUUAUGUGGAUUGCUUUUUUUCACACUCUUAUUAAUGAAAAUUUUGUAUUGCCAGUUUAGAAAAUUUUCCAAACGUCUAUUUUUUAGGUAGCAAAAAAGCGAACGCUUCAAGUUUCGACAAUAGAAGGGAUAUGGCACGAGACUCGCGACAUGAUAUGCGAUCCAGAACUGAGAGAGCCGCUCAUUCAGGUCAUGAUCGAGCUGACGCACUCGCAGUUCAACCACAUUGGCAUGGGCCUCCGUCAAACUUUUUUCGAGGUGAAAAUCUUCUUUUUAUUUAUUUUUUGUUGUGAGGCGUCAGUCUAUGUACCCAUCCGGCUAGAUAGUUGAACAUAAACUGCCCCUCUCGAAAAAAUUUCAAUUUUUAUAUCUUGAUUUGGCGAAAUAAUUUUAAAAAGGCAUAAUUUUUGGCAAAUAAGGAAAAAAAAUCGAAAAAAAAAACAAGAAAGCAGUUUUUUCGAAUUUUCGAUUUUUGUUCUUCCACCGACUUGUGGCUUUGAACGAUGGUUUCAGACAAUUAGGGCCGUAGGCUGUCAGGAAUCGACUGUGAAGUGGCUGAACGCGUUGACUGAAGAUGGAAAGAACGUGGAAGGUUUCGAGCCGGUAAAAUAAGCUCUUCAUUUUCAAACUCUUUUGUCUUGGAAGAUGAUGGACGAUAUGAUCACUUGUUGGGUUUUGGGCGCCGUCGACGUGAAUGUGAAGGAAGACGAGAGUUGGCCGAGUUUGGUUCUUCAACUUGCUCAUCAGUACAUCAAGUAUGAUCUGAAUAUCAGUAUUCCAAUUUUUUUUGUUCAAGGUUCAACGCGGCCUUCAUAUCCAAGAAGAACAUUGCCCAAAUUAUGACGCAGGUCCGACAGUUCAGACCGUGUUCAGAGUGAUUGCGCGAAAUUCAAAAUAGCCGCCAGAGAGUGGAGAGAUAACUACAUACCUAGUUUUGAACUUCGCGUAAAUUACUUUUAACACAGCCUUAUUUCUAUAUUCGAAUUUUACUUUAUCUUUUAAGACCUGUCUUCGAGCGAAUUCGAAAGUAACUCCCUUGACAUCCGAUUGCGUCGACGUUCUCAUGAGCAUUUUGAAGUUCCAGUUCGUUGUUUUAAAAAUUUUUUGGGCAUUCAAGGCUUCAAAAGUUAAUACAUGAAAAGAAAAAAAGUUUCAAAGUUGAAAGAUCAAGAGAAGAUCGCAGCUUCAGAGAGUGAGAUUAGAAAACAUGAAGCUCGAAAAAUGGAGGAAAAAUAGAACCAAAAGAAGUGACGAAUUUAUCAAAGUUUUAGAAAUUUCGCGUUGUUUGACCGUGCAGCAUCCUCAUGAGACUUGCGAAAGUGCUAUAGUGCUAACUUCGAAGGCGGUUUGAUCAGAUCUACUAGAAUGACUUUUUGCGUACGCGACCCGAAUUUGACGAAAAAUUCCAGAUCAAAUGCAAGUCUGAAUUAAAAUAUUCUAGAAAUCAUAGGCUUUUUUUAAAUUUAGUAGCUAAAAAUAAUUUAGGAGUUGUUGUUAACUAUAGAGAAGAGCAUUGAGAUUGAGAGGAAAAGCAGGAAAAAGAAAGAACGAUAAGUAAACUUUUUUAUUUAAAUGUUUUUGUUUUUUUUAAACUAUGUCGGUUUUAGUGAAGUUCCGCACGAACUGGGUAUUUUGCAACUGGUUCUGACGGCUUGUCACCUAGUGAGCAACCGAGAAAUCCGUCCGAUCGCCUACGCUUUGACCAGAACGCUCCUAACGUCUCAAUAUGGCUUGAGGUUUCCUCUUUUUUGAUUUAUCGGGAAGAAAAAGCUUGAAUCUGUUUGAACGUCACAAUAAUUGAACGGAAAAAGAAUUGUGAGCGCACACAAGGAUGUUGAUCACAAUUUCUGCUUGGGGUGUCUUCGGAAAUUUCCUUGAACCCAUUAGAACAAUAAAUAAUGGGUUUUCAUAUAGAUUUUACUCUUUACUGUAGUAUUUAAGGAAUUUCAGUCAAUGAAGAUCCAGAUAAAUGCACAAACUCGGUUUUUCGAAAUAAAAAGAGUAAAAUAGGCAAAGUCGGAAAGGGUGGGAAGAGGCUCCAUAGAAAUUUUAGUUUCAGGGUGACAAUGGUUCCUUUUUUGCUGCCUCUCCCUCUUUCCACCAUUUCUCGAGCCUUUGAAAUUCCAGAAAAAAUGGAAGUCUUGAUGAAGGGACAAUUUUUGCUGUCUUGCUGCGGCUUUCCUCAAGCCUAUCUCUUUUAGCGGCCAUUAUUCACCAUUGCGAUUUUGCCCGGGGAAUUUUCCAUAUGCAUUCCGCAAAAGCUAGGAAUCAUGCAUUUAUAUCAACUAGUCAUUUUUUUUUUCUAUUUUUUCAUGAAUUAAGUUAAAGAAAGAUCUUUCUUGUUUAAAAUCAGGCAAACGCCAUGUCUCACAGAAAGAAGAUGAGCCUGAAUAGUUGAUUUGAUUAUAAAAAAAUUGAAAAGUUUAAGAUCGCUGGCGUCGAUGUUGGAUGUCUUGGAGUGGGAAGCAGCACAGAAAAGAAUCGAUCUCGAUAAGCUUUGUCGUGUGCAACGAGGCGUCGUCUACUGUCUGACCAACUCAUUUUGGAGCACGAAUGUUUGUUUUUCUUUCUUAAUCGCUUGGAAAAAUGAAUACAUUGCGGAAUCCAGAAAUAAUCGUGAGUUUUGCAGAGAAUCGACAACGAUGUGAAGAUAUCUCCAACGUCGAUAAUCAACCGUAUGAGCAAUUUGUUGGACCGGGAUAUUAAUAUUGCCGAGGGUAUCUUUCCGUUUUUAUAUUUAUAUUCAGAUGGUUUGAUUUUAGAUGUGUUAGCGGCAAUUCUCGUUCUGAUGAUCAACGACGGGAAGAUUUUGCAGCCUGCGACGUGGAUCUGUAUCAGUGAAGUUCUUCAAAAGCUUCUUCAUCUGUGUCAUGAGGUGCUGCUCAUCACCAAAGGCUGUAAAAAGGCGAAGCGACAAUUUUUUUACUGGCGUUAGAUCAAAAGCAUGCAUGAAGAACCUCCAGAGCAUCAGAAGUUCUCUCAUUCUCUGGAAUUCCGUUUCCUCGCAUUUUGACCAGCUCAAACACGUGCGCCAGCGUAGAUAUGAAAAAAGAAAAUGCGGUCAUAAAGGGGGUUCAAAAAACAAUCCCUGGGAACGCGGUAUUUGAUUUCUCAUCCUGAAAAGGAUAACUCUUCGUGUUGAGACGUGGCCUAACAACCCACGGUCUAGUUUUGUCACUUCGUAGUUAUAUUUAGCAAUAAAAUAAUACAAAAGAAGCACAAAACAGCGGGAAACCAUGUUUCCUGCAUUCUGGCCUCUGGUGUGAGAUGAGAGUCGUCUUUUUAUUGAUUUCGUUUUUUUUUUGUUCUUCUUUCUUAGUUCUGUCAAGUCUCGGGUUAAGAACAUGCCGUAUUUUUUCGAUGCUUGAUUUCCGAGAAAUUUCCAUAUUUCUGCAUUUUGGUGUUGAGCUUUUUCGAUACUUGGCAACAACGAGAAUGUGAUUUUUUUUUCGAAAUGACUGUAAUUUUCCGAUUUUUUUGUCCUUUCAUGUUUUCGAGGGGCUAAAGAUUUUCACCUAAAAUUUUUUUAAAUGUUCAGAACGUCGAAUACCUGGAUGCCUGCGAAUACAUUAUCAACGAAAUGUUCAAAGUAAUGGAGAGUUUACACAAAGUCUGUGAUUCAGCUAGUUUUUCUCAUUCGUAUGUAACUUUCAGGACAAACAUCUUCUGGCCAAACCGGAUCUCAUGUAUGCCCUAGUUGAGAAAUACGUUCGAAUUUUCUCUAUCGACUCUACCUGCGUUCUUUCACUCAUCGAAUUCAAAUUUUCUGUUUUUCGACCUUCCACUUAAAGUUUUCAAUCAUCUUUUCCAGUUGUUGACACCUUCUUCGAGAAAUUUUGUGGAUGAGGCGUUUCAGCUCGUCAAGGAAUUUAUGCGACGCAAACACGGACAUUACAGGAGGGAUAAGGUGAAAAAAUAUUUCGGCUUUUUCAUUUUUUCUGAGAAAAAUAUACUCUAAUAGGGUUCAACAAAAGGGUUCAGGUUAUUAGUUUUAAUUUAUGUUCUGAAAUUAGUUACAAUAUUUUCAAUUCGAUUUAUAGCCUAUUCAGAUUUUGAAUGUCAAUUCAUCGCUCAAACUCCGCCCCUUAUGCGUAGAUCAAACCAAUCAGAGAGCGAACCAUCCACAGAGCGUCUUUGGGGGCGGAGUUUGCUGCUUGACGUUCGAAAUCUGAACAGAUGCAAACAGUUGCUUAGUCUAAAGUUCGAUAGAAGCGGCACUCGUACUUUUCUGGUCGAUAUUUUCUUUUCUCAAGUGGUUUUGUUUAUUUUAUACAUUUCAAGGUCGUCGAGCAAGUACACAAGUUUUACCUCAAGUAUAAGAAUAUUGCCGAGAAGGAAAUUGUUAACGAGGUUAUCAUUCCGAUGCUUCGGUUCACGGAAGCCGAAACGGACGAGCAAGUACAAGUUAGUCAUUGAAUAUAAAGUUAAGAAAUUUAAAAUUGACUCACCUUCACGAAAAUUGAGCUUUUUUGUACAGUAUCACUUGAUAACGGUGAUGCUUGAUGUGAUGCGGGUCGUGUCGAUGUCGAGCGGCGGUCCUUUUCUGGACCUUUGCAAUUUCUUCCGCUUGAUUUUGGUGCAAACUAUCUAUGUGCCAGAGCCUCGCGGUGGAUCUGAAAAGCAUGUCCGGUUUGGGAAAUCUUCUGAAGAACGUUUGGAACGGUUUAUAAAAGGAAAUUCCAUGCUUGUUGCAGAGCUGUCGUUUUCAAACUUGGAAGUGUUGGUACUUGGAAUUCAAGACGUCAUUUCAAGCAGAUGGAAGCAUUUUACUCUUCCUAUGUUCAACGUUAUUCUCGGUACUAACUUAUUUUCUUUGUACUCAAAGUACAAAAUGGCUUUUCAAACGUUUUUUCUCAAAUUUAGCCUAGUUGGCUCGAUCGAAAACGUUUCAGAUGCUCUCGUAAGCCACUUGUUCGUGCAGUACAGCGCCGGUUGGAUUGGAGCUCAUGGCGGAGAAAUUCGAGUCAGGAUAUUCGAAAUUCUUCUCUCUUUUUAUUGCUGUCCUAUAUCGAACAACUUGAGUACGUUAGUUUUUUUUUUCAACAGAGAAAAUGAGCAAGUUCAAGCUAGAGUAAAAAAACAGAAAGACGAGCCUUUGCAUCGGUGAACGUUUUUUUCAAAGCCAUUAAAUAUCAAAAAUUUUUUUUACAGAAGAGGGGAAUUUCUUCCGAAAAAACGAAAAAUUUCAUUUUUGUUUCAAUUUUUCCAUGUUUUUGGUUUAUUUCUCACAUUUUUUUAGAAUUUAUCACGCGAAAAGAUCCUACACUUGAAGAUUAAAGUUGGAAAUUCAUUUCGAAUGUAGUUUCUCGAUUUUCUCGCUUCAUUAAAACUUUCAGUCCACUGGAGAUACGAGGAAGACAGAUAUGUGGAGAAUACGAGAAUCCGGCGCACGCCAAUCACGUCGAAACCAUCGGCCAACGCCCCCAACAACACUCGUGCAUUGGUCGAUGGCUUCUGUUGGAACGAAAUUUGCUCCAUCGUCGAGUUUUCACUGCGAUUCGAUGUGUGGUUCGUAGGGAGCAACUGAUUCAUUUUAGCGUUUCAACAAAAAGACAUUCUUCAAUGUUUAGGUGGCCUGUUGGCAGAGCGAUCAUUCAAAGGAUUGGUCGGAUUCUGGAGUAUCCGGAGACUAUCCGAACGGCUGAAGUUCACAAUGUGAGUCGAGAUUUCAGCAAUGAAAUCGAAAUCUUCUUUCAGAUAGAAGGUUUGGUUGGAAAGCUCAUCGAGUUCUACCAAUCCUCAAAGAGGUUUGAGUUGGACGCCGACUGUCAAAAAGAGCUCGUCAAGUAUUUGCCACCGGUUUUGAGCACUCUGGUCAGUACAUAUGAAUAUACGAAUGUUAUAUAAGCUGUAGAUGGGUUUUCAGACAAGAGUCGGAAAAAAUAGGUAAUUAUAGUAUUGUCUCACAGUGAGACUUUCAAUUUAUCCUGUCAAUACAAAAUUUUCGAUUUUUUCAGUUAACAUACACUGAAAAACGUCAGCCUCAACGGAGUAUUUGCAUGAUUUUGAUUGAAUGUGCACGUAUCGGCAGUUGCGAGGUGAGCUAUAGGCUAUGUUUGAAGGGUCUGAUUUGACCUCUUACGCGAUCCGACAAGGAGGAAUUGUUUCAGGCGAUUUUGGCGUGCGACGUCGCGAUCCAACUCGUGCCGUCAGUCAUGUCGGGGCUCGGUCAUCGACUCAUAGACCACAUACUCAACUUACAACCAACUGCUGUGAGUUAGGUGUCGCGACAACCGCGACUUUUUCUUUUCCAAAAAGUAGUGCCCGUGAAAGUCCGCAUUCUCAUGUGUGCACAUACAAAGUGUAGGAAGUACGUAAAAACGCUACCAUGCACUUUUUCUCGGUUGCGUGUGCGGUUCAGCAGAAUUAAAUUUUUUUUUUGUACGAAGACUCUUAUCUAGGCCUAACAUCCCACAACUUCUUCAUUCUUAAAUCGUUGUCGAGCAGAGACUAAGCUUUAAUAAGAUGAAUUUUUCUCAAUCGAAGUGCGAAAAGCGUGCCAAGCUGAAAUUAAAGAAAACAAAGACAUUCUAGGCUUUUCCUAAAUCUGAUAAAUAAUGGGUUCCAUCUCGAGCUGAAAAUUAAAGCCGAACCAGAACCCGCCCCGCGAAGUGGUCAAUUUUUUCAAAUGCUAGUUUUUUUCUCUCGAUUAUUUUGGUGUAUUUUAUUGAAUAGUUGAUGUCUUUUUCGGAUAUGUCGGGCCCAUAUUGGCCCGCUUCUGGUUUGAACUUAUUGGAUCAGUUUAGGUUCGCGCGAUUCCAAUAAUGGAACUGCUGUCUGACGCUGCAGAAGUCGUCGAAUUUCAUCAGUUCUUCCAGGUGCUUAGAAUGAACUUUUCCGACAUCCAUUGCUUUAUUGGUUUGUAGGAAGAGCAUUUUAAGAAAGUUUGCUCGAUUCUCUCGCCCUAUACCAAUGUACAUCGCUUCAACACUUUCAUAGUGUCAGCCAUGCAUCGGAUCAUGAUGCGAUGGUUUGUACGGGUUCCCGAUAAGUGGAAGCAUUCCGUCAGAAUGUAAGUCGCUCUUUUUGAAAAUUUAAAUUUGCAACAUUGAAAGAGAAUUUUGUACAAAAAACUUCAGACAUUUGGAGAAAUGCAUCGAGAAGAUCAAAAAUUCGCCCGUGGUACAGACUGUAGGGAAAGAUGAUGAUGCGAAAGCUGUUCGGAAGCCCAGUGGAGACGGCAGACAGGUCUGAAAAAGAAGCGAUUUAUCGAAAAAGACACGAAGAACACUUGAUAGGAAACUCUGAAAAAUGUUUUCUGUAUGCUACAUUUAAUACAAUUAAACGCAAAGAAAUCGGAGUUCCGUUUAGAGCUUCAAGGUUUUUUUUAAUGACCUCUCCAACCAAUUUUGCGGCUCACCAAAAGUUAAAUGUUUUGAUUAUUUUGUUAACUUUCCAAGCUCGAAUCCCAUCGGAAACGCCAAGAAGAAAACUUCUCAGGUGCCUGGUGAUUUGUUCAUGGUCGGUGGCCAACGCGACAGUGAAUCCAGUGAAUCGCUCGAUCAAUGUGUGCCCCUGAAAAUGAAAGAAGAGAAGCUUCAGAAUCAAGUUUGAAAUCUGAAAAUUUUUGUUGUUUUUUAUCAAACACUCGAUUUAGACGCUAUACGAAAUACAAAAAGCCCUCGACUCGUUUUUCAAACUGCCAAAGAUCCAUGACAAUCAUGGACAUUCUGUGGUUAUAUCCCAAUAAUUCCUAUUUUCUAAAUUCCUUUUUAUAGCCCCCAGCUCCGUUGUGUGAAACUACCCAAGAGCACUAUUACUUGAACGAUGUCAUCAUAACCGUUAGGACAAUUGCUGAGAAGCCGAAUUCGCCGUCGGAAGGUUUCAGGUCGCGUGGAAUGAUUUGAACAAGCGUUUGCAGAGAAAGAGCCGGACUUCACAGUACGGAGCGAAAGUCAAGAAUGUCUCGUCAACUGCUCGUCUUCAUCGUCUCUCAAUGACCCCCAGACGAGGCCAAGGAAGACAUCAUUUUUUGAAAUGGUCAGUUUUUGUCGUCUUCGAAAGAAUGUGUGGCGAGAGUAAGUAUAUUGUAAAAAAUAACUGGAGACGCGACCAUCCAUUCAGUAAAAUCAUUUAUUUAUUUUUUUUUUAGUCAGAUCUAAUCGACUAGGCGGUGAACAAGAACUUUCAAAGUUAUAUCGAACAACCACUUUUGGCGAACUAGAAGUCCGAACAUGUAGUUGAUCAAGCUGAAAGCAUGGUCUUAGGGUCUUCCGCCUUGUUCUUCUGCAAGUAGACCUCCCAGUUGCGCCUUGACAAACUCAGAAUGUAGCGGAUCUUGUGCUGACCAGGGAACGUUUUUUUACCCCCCGGUUGAACUUUUGCGGAAACUUUGCUUAAGUGUACUUUAGGACCUCCUGAUUCCAGAACAAUAAAAACAUUUCUCGCAAGAUCUUGUUUCUGAGUUUUGGAGCUUCAAAGUGUGCAAAAUACGCAAAUUAGGCCAAAAAAGCGCUAUUUCGGGCUUUUGAAGUGUCCUAACUCGAAAACGAGAUCUAUUGCGAGAAAUUUUUUUCUUUUUCUGGAAUCAGGGGGUCCUAAAGUACACUUCAGCAAAGUUAAAAAAACAUUUGAAUUGCCGAAAUCAACUUGAACACAAUGUUUCAUAUUUCCUUUCACUUUUUACAAAUUCUUUUCAGACGAGAAGACGUUACAAGUCAGCUUUCUCGAGUAGCCAGAAAGUAGAGAGAAAGAGUCUGGUCGAUAUGGGGAAAACUCUUGACGACAUUUAUUCGACCGUCAGCAGUCCUCCGAGAGAAAUCGGUAUGGUAUAUCAAAAAGUUUUGGAAAACAAUUGAAUGAAAUUUUUUCACUUUUUUUUUUUGAAUAUCAUUGAAACUUUCAGUACCCGUGGUGAACUUCACCCAGUUAAUCGUCCGUCACAUGUACGGAAAAAGCAGUUGGAUGAUGCGGACUUUUGACGAAUGGCCGCACGACUUUGAGACUUGUUUGACCAACGAAGAGUUUUCAUUUUUGGCUGCUUUUUUCAGCCCUGUCACUUCCACCCGACGUCGGCAUGCUCAUGCAGCACAUUGACACAAUGGGCGGCGCAAAAAAGCUGACAACUAGGCCCGGCGAUCAGGAAGGAUUGCAGCGGGCGCUCCGGAUCUUGGACAUGGUUAGUUGAAGUGGAGGCCUGCGCAGAAACUUCAUGGAGAGUGUAGCCCUUUUUUUCACGGCUGCUACCACACGCCUGCGUUUUUUUUUUAUCUCGCCGACGGAGUCAUCGAAACAUUAAAAGCCGAUCGUCUACUUGUACCUUUAACGCUAUUUUGAAAAGCGGCUCUCGCGAUAUGACUAUAAUUUAUCAUUAAUAAACGGCUUUUUUUUCCUAUUUGCUUCUUAGAGUAGUUUUCAUGAAAAAAAUUUACAGAAGCCAGCUAUCGAAAACCACGCUGUUGGAAUCGUCUACAUUGGGGCCGCCCAGACCUCCGAAUCCGAAAUCCUAGCCAACAAAUGCGGUUCCGCCCGUUAUUCUGCGUUUCUCGCGUGAGCUUCAAAAUGCAUUUUCCAAUGUUAAAGCCUACCACUGUAGUGUAGUACCGCUUAAGAAGAUCAACUCCUCUAUCUCGUUUUUGAGAAAUACUUGUUCGUUGAAUGCUUCAAACACAGUUGUAGUUUUUUUUUAGGAUUUUUAGGAAUUCAGUAACAUGAGAUACUCAUGAUGAGAAGAGGACGAUACAAACUGAAUAUUAUCGAAUUUAUCAACGCUUCUUUAGUACUUUUCUGUUUUUAAACGAGUUUUCCCUGUUAUUUUCAUGUUAUUUGUGAAUUCUUGUUGUUUAGUUACCAUUCAAUUUAUUUAUUGCGUAAAAUCAAGACACCUAAUUUUAAGAGAACUGGAAAAGAAUUUUCCCAGAAAAAUCUUUGAGUCAAAAAAUUUUUAAGGAAAUUAAAAAACUACCCAAAAGCAUUUUUUAUAUCGUGGUUCAACUUCUUUUUUCAAUUUCAGAACUCUUGGAAAAGUUACCAAACUCAAAAACUGCCCCGGCGGUUUGCAAGAAGGCGUCCAUGGCCACUACACCUAUCAAUUCUGUGACGAAAUGAGCGAAAUUGUUUAUUUUUUUUGUCUUUUCGUCAGUCUUCAAAUCUGUUUUCAGACUUUUCUGGUGGCCACGCUGAUGCCUACAAACCUGGAAAAAGACAAAGAUUGUAAUAUGAAGAAAAAAUUGAUUGGCAACAACUACGUGACCAUCAUUUGGAACGAGAGCGGGACGCCUUUCAAACUGGGACAGUUUUGCCGAACUUUUGUUCAGGUUGCUUUAGAGGUAUGUAUGGCCCUAUUCAAAUUCACGCAACAUGAUAAACGCGCCAUCUAUUCUAUCAUUGAAGUUUUGAAUUUCAGGUGACUCCGCAGGACGAACAAAAUCUAUUGGUGCAGGUGCACGCCAAAACAGAAAUUGGAUGUUGGCUUGCCAUGCGACGCUGUCUGGUCACGGACAGGUGCUUCCGCUAUUUUCUUUUGAAAGUCUCUAUGUUGCAUCACCUUUUUGAAUUAAUGAAAGAAUCUGUUUCUAUUUGGUGGGCUACUUUGAGAAACUUCAAUUUUCUGAGCCUCGUUCCCAUUCACCUAUCGUAUUGCCUUUUUCCUCCACAAAACUUAAUUUUUUCGGAAGUAAUUCAUCUGCAAAUAACACAUUCAAUUUAGUCCAAAAAAUUCAAGUUUUCUCCUUAUAGGGUAGUAGCUCGGCUACUACGGAAACUGACUGUCCGAACUCAAUUGUCGGUGAACGUGUGGAUGAGCAUUCAAAAUGGCGACAACUACAUUUCUCGAGGCGUCGACCGCCUCAGGAAGAUUCAACAAAUUGCCGAAAAGUACACUGGCUAUUGA